CGUUGCGGUGGUGAGGUCGGUGAGAGGAGAGAGGACGGAGAGGCUGACUGAAGGGUCACCACCGAUGCUGCUGCUGCUGCAGGAAAUAUAGCUCUCCAGAAAUACAGAAAGGCGACUAAGUUUAGUUCAGGAUGCGUCCGUAAAACACCCACCUUCUGAUAUAAGAAAACACACCUUCUGAUAUAAGCUUCGCUAUCUUUCUAUUCCUGGAGAGCUUCAUGUCUCCAAACAUGAUCGAGAGAGGACUGCUCGUCUUGACAAUACUGUCCAACUGCGUUCUGUCAUUGCCAGUGACUCAUAGUCAGCUGGAGAAUGAGGACGUAAAGGUGAUGAAAUGCAUCGUGGAGGCGUUGGCAGACGUGCUAUCGAGGCCCCACCCCAUGCCUGUCAGUCGGGAGUGUUUGCUCACGCUGAAGACAGAUGACAGGCUUGUUUCCAUCCUUCGCCAUCACAACUUCCUGAAGGAGCUGCAGGAGAUCGCUGUUCAAGGUGGUCAGGAGAGAGUUCAGCUGCAGAGAGAUGCCAGUACACGCGAACCAAUCACACAGACUCCUCAGACUGCAGGUGAUGUCGCUGAUCGAUCCAUGUUGGAGGCUUUGGGAGGCCCAGGAGAACGAUCCAUCCUGUCCCAGAAGAGGAGGACAGGAAAUGGAGACGGGGAGGAAGAAAAGGAUGACGUCCUGAGAGAUGGAGAGUCACGGGAGGACAAUGAUGUCGUUGAAGAGAAGCGGGAAAAUGACGAGAGCCCAGGAAGUCACAUGUCUGAGUCUGUGGAUGAGUGGCGUGAGGGCAAGGCUGAAAAGAGGGAGGAAGAAGAAGAAGAUGAAGAGAAGAGAAUUCAUUCAGAGGAGGAUUCAGAAGAGGAAAACAUGAUCAAGGAUAAGAAAGCUGCUGUAUCUGGUGAAAAGAGAGAUGCACCAAGAAUCAAAUCAAAAGAGAAGAAGUUUGAUGAAGAAGAUGAAGAAGAGAAAGACAAGAGAUCUGGAUUUUUCUCACAUAGGCCUAAACCAGAAGAGGAAGAGGAGAAUGAUGAAGAGGGGAUGAAGAAAGCAAGUAGGGAGAGCGUCAAGCGAUGGACCAAGAGGGGCAAGGCGUUGCCAAUGAAGAAGAAAGCAGUCGGAGAGGAGGCUCGGGAAGUGCCACAUCACUCGAAAGAGGCCACAGAGGAAGAGCAGGAGGAGGAGGAGAAGAAGAAAAGAAACAUGCAGAGGAGUCCAGAGGAGAAGGAGCUGCAGAUGAUCGCUAGAAGGGGACCCGAGGAAAGGAGGGGGUCGGAGGAAGAGGGGAGCGCCAGCCGGAAGUCAGAGGAGCCAGAGAUUGAAAGCUUGGCAGCCAUUGAGUCAGAGCUGGAAAACGUUGCCCAGAAACUCCAUGAGAUGCGGCGAGGCUGAGAGAAAGAGAGAUUGUUAUUAAAAAAAAAGAAAAGAAAA